AUGAUUGAAAAAAAAGACAGCACCGGCCAACAGGUUUACGCCCUCGCCAACGGCAUUCCUUACUCUCACCACCCCUACGGAUCCCAGGUCUCGCGUCCAGACGGUCCAAUCCUCCUGCAGGACGUUCACCUGAUUGAGAGUAUAGCACACUUCGACCGUGAGCGUGUUCCUGAGCGUGUCGUCCACGCCAAGGGUGGUGGCUGCCGUCUGGAAUUCGAACUGACAGACUCGUUGUCCGACAUCACUUUCGCGGCACCAUACCAAAAGCCAGGCUACAAAUGUCCUGGUGUAGUGCGCUUUUCAACCGUGGGCGGUGAGUCUGGUACUCCCGACACUGCCAGAGACCCUCGUGGUUUUUCAGUUAAGUUUUAUACCGAGUGGGGCAACCACGACUGGGUGUUCAACAACACUCCCGUUUUCUUCAUCCGUGACGCGAACAAGUUCCCUCACUUCAUUCACACUCAAAAGAGAGACCCUCGUUCCCACUUGAACCACGGCAACGACAGUACGAUGUACUGGGAUUACUUGACGCAGAAUUUGGAGUCAAUUCAUCAGAUCACCUACAUGUUUGGCGACAGAGGCACGCCAGCGGAUUGGGCCCAAAUGAGCGGGUACUCGGGCCACACGUUCAAGUUCUUCAACGAAAAGGGCGAGCUAACAUACGUGCAAAUUCACGUCAGACCCGAUGAAGGUUUCAAAACCUUAACCGACCAGCAGGCGGCUGAGCUCAGUGGCGCUAACCCUGACUACAACACUAGAAAGCUUUUCGACAGAUUGGAGUCAGGCGAGCGCCCAACCUACACUUGUUAUGUCCAGACCAUGACUCCUGCUCAGGCUGAGAACUUCAGGUACUCAAUCAACGAUUUGACCAAGAUCUGGCCCCACAAGGAGUUCCCUCUGCGUAAGUUCGGAAAGAUUACUUUGACCGAGAACGUGGACAAUUACUUUGAGGAGAUUGAACAGAUUGCCUUCAGUCCAAGUAACACCUGCGUUCCAGGCAUUGAGCCAUCUAACGACAAUGUUUUGCAGUCAAGACUGUUUUCGUACCCAGACACUCAACGCCACAGAUUGGGUGCCAACUACACUCAGUUGCCAGUGAACAGCCCAAGGAACAUGUGUCCAAGCGCCCCAGGCUCUUCCGGAUGUCCUUUCCUCAUGGGCAACUUCCAAAGAGAUGGACCGGGCUGCAUUUACAACCAGAACUCUUAUCCAAACUACAUCUCCACUCAUUACAAGGAGAGGGUUCAGUUCAAAAAUCUGCUUUCCGACAAGAGGUCGCACUCCAAAUAUACUGGUGUUGUCUUGGAUGAAACUUCCAAGGCCGCUGUGCAGCAGCAGGAAGACUACAAGAAGCACAACGAAAUUGUGGAUGGCAAGAUCAAUGAGUACCAGUGGGUUACCGGGUGCUCUCCACUUGAUCUUGAGCAACCAAGAGCCUUGUACGAGAAAGUUUAUGACGCCGGUGCGAAGAAAAGGUUCAUUGAAAACGUUGUCGGCCACGCCACCAAAAUUUCGGAUGACAUAGUCAAGUCUAGGGUUCCUCAAUAUUUUGGCUUGUUGAACCAGGACUUGGGCUCCGCCAUUGCUAAGGGCCUUGGUAUCAAGUACGAGCCUGUGUCUUUCGAAGAAUAUGCUCACCAGUCGGCGUCUCUUGCUUCUGCAUUUUGA